UCAAUAAAAAACAAAUAGUACGAUUUUUUGCUUUUCCACAUUGGGUACAACGUGGAGCUUGUUGAACCUCUUGAGCUUCUUGAUCCAUUUGCACCGUUUCCUUAUAAAUUGAGCCGCUCUAAAUGUAAUGGUAAUUUAAUUGGAUAGUAACUCGACGACUUUUUCAAGAGUUGAGCCACAAUUUUCCUUAUAUAAGCAGCAGAGCGACGAGGCAAAGGCAGUGAAAUUGUAUUUGUAUAGUAUGGAGCAUCUUCUUCAGCAACCUUCAGAUGUAUGUGACCUAAUGCCUUGUAAAUUGGAGUGGUCUCAACUGAAGUCCAAUGUCUGGGUAUUUUGGAGCACAAACCACAACGUCGAGUUGGACUACCAGCAAUCCAUUAAGUCCAUCAAUUCUGCUGCUUCUGUUGUUUCCAUCUUUCCAACUGAGAAAUCGAGCAUCCAAAAUGUUAUGAAGAAAAUGUCGCCUCCAUAUAUUUGUCUGAUUCAAUUCUGGGCACCCAUCAAGGUCAAUGAAUCGACUUUCUUGUCCACUGCGGAUCAACCAUUUGCUGUCUAUAACGGAAUUGAUAAGAGGCUCUCUUCAUACAGGAAGCUCUGUUUAGAUACUUUGAUUCCCAUUGACAAGGAAAUUCCAUUUGGUCCCCCUGCACGAGUUUUCUCAAGACUCUUGCCAGAAAAUAACCCUGACGUCCCAAGCUACUCCGCUGCAGAGUUUCCACUGCUUCAAACUGCAAUUCCCUUGGAAAUUCAUUCUUACUAUGCAUUUCCAGUUUCCAACUUCCGUUAUCAGCAGUGCCUUGGUGUAUUCGAGAUUGUAUCUACACAACCAUUUCGCCCUCUUUCCAGCCUUAUUAAGGGGUUGAAUUUCAAUUCAGUUGGCUUGUACAUUCCUAACUCAAUAAACAAAGUUUUUAAAUGUCCAGAGCCGCUGGAGCGUGAAAGACUUGUUGAUAUAAAGGCCGGGUUACAUAAGAUCCUUGAAAGACGUAUUUUACUCUUUGCUCAAAUUUGGACUCCUUUUCCUCUACAUUGCUCUUUGAAAGUCAUGUAUCGUGUUCGUGGCGCAAUCCAGGAAUGUCUAAAAGAUAUGUAUUAUGAGUUUCGAGAUUCUUCCGAAAUCUGUUUUAUUAAGAGCGGUGAGGCAUUGGUGGGGAGGGCAUUUGCAUCCCAAGGUUCAUGCUUUUGCAAAGAUGUUACUCAAUUAAGCAUCAAAGAGUACCCUUUGGUGCCUGGUGCACGAAAAGCUGGAUUCACUCAGAGUUUUGCAAUUUGUUUGCAAAGUAAAUGCGCCAACAAUUUUAUUUGCGUAGCUGAGUGCUUUCUGCCCAGCAACGAAAUGGCUGUUAGAGAUACAAAGACUUUCUUAAACAUGCUUUUAUCCACAAUGAAAGAACAACUUCCAGGUUUCAUAGUUGGUCCUGGAAAAGAACAAGGGCAGAGGAUGCUCGUUGAAGUUGUUAAAGUUUCCCCGAGUGAUGAACUUGACUCCUUUGAAAUUGGCCAAACUCUGCCGAGUGUUCAAUCACUUCAGGAUGGAGGAGAAACAGCAGAAAUUGAUUCUUUCUGUCAACCGUCAAAUUUACAGAAGGAGAAUAAUGUUGCUGCUGAACUACUGCUUCCUUCUUGUUCAUCAGACAAGCGUGACUCACUCAACUGUGAAGGGACAGUGGAAGUUGAUCAGUCACUGCCUCAUCCAAUAGAGGAAGCUUUGACAAACAGAGGAACCGUUAAUGUGGAUGUAGCACAUGAUGACCACAUUAAGGAUACAACUGAAAUAAUGCAACUUGAUACACACUUUGAGCAACCAAACUUAGAAACUAAUUCUGCAGGAAAUGCAACAACUAACAACGAGAUAAUUCAUUCGCAGAAGAAAAACGCAAUACAAAGGAUAGAAAAAGAUCAUGGGAUUACUCGCAAGAUUCUGGAGCAGCAUUAUGGCAUGACUCUUGAAGAUGCUGCCAAAAAUCUAGGUGUUAGUCGAGCAACACUGAAACGGAUAUGUAGAAAAUAUGAAAUCAUUAUGGUUCAUCUUCAGAAAUCCUCCAACAAGGUUUCUCUCAAGUCUACUAGCAGGCAGCAGCUAAAGAAGGAAAUUAUAGUCUAA